AUGGCUGCAGGCUGUCCUUCGUCUGGACCUCCCAUGCUCCAGAUGGCACGCCUAACGCCAGCAGUGUUCCGCAUGCCCUUCCUCACUUUGGUCCGCGUGCCAUCUAAUGUGCUGCGGGGGGGUGAGGCGUCCAGGCCUGAAGUCUUUAAUGCAUGCCUUGUGGCUGUGCUUGCUCCUCCCGCCCGCCCAG